AUGGCGGCUGUAGGUGGAGAUCGUGCACCACGCUUGACAGAGGGAGAACGUAAGCUUCUCUUCGACAACGAAGAAUGUCUCAAGUGUCGUAACUUCUUUGCCGGGCACAAAGCCGCUGAAUGCACCAUUGGAUUCCCUAUUAAGUUGACCUACCAUACGCUCACCCAAGCUAUGGCCGAUGCCGCUCGCAGAUGCAUAGCCAAGCCUGUCGCCACUGUGACCGUGAUUGACGGCCACAGCACAGGACCGUCGGUCCACCCUGUCACGGCAGUCAUGGGCAUGUCCUCUUUCCCCAUCACGAACAUGCCCCUGAAUGUGUCGAAUGUCCUCGAUGAUGACAAUGACUCCGACGCAGAGAACUCGGUGAGUACAACCUCUCCGAUCCCUUCCUCUGUCGCUGUAUCACCAGUGCAGAUUUCCCCUUUGCCUGACACCACAGGUGACCUGGCCCCUCUACGCAUCGUGCAUAUGACUUGGCGCUGUUCUGCCAGUGGCCCUGAGGGUUCAUUCCCUUUAAUGUUUGAUGCCUUGAUUGACCACGGAUCGCACACAGUCCUGAUCCGUGAAGACUAUGCCUCCAAGCUUGCACUCCAUCGUCAUCGUUUGCCUGUCACUGAACGCGUCAAACUCGCCAUGCAAAGUAAUGGCGAGCACGUUGUUGUCGAAUUGUUCGAAUGGGUCAAAUUGUCCUUAUAUGAUCCCUCCAACUUCUGGUCUGCCAAGUCUGUCCGUGCCAUCAUUGUCCCCAGUUUGUGUUGCCCUGUCAUUCUCGGAUUACCGUUCCUAGCACAUAAUCGUAUUGUAGUCGAUGUAGAGUCCUGUACCGCUGUUAAUAAAGACUCGCUAUAUGACCUGUGCAAUCCUGCCCGCAUCUCCGAACUUCCCACCCCUCCUCGUACGACUCUGCAUGAGUCAUUUACGCAGGUUUGCUCCGCCCGUUCUCAGGUUCUGAACGAACUCAAGGCCAUCUGUGUGCAGCACACAACAUGCACCGCUGAACAUGAAUCGACCAGUGAUGAGCAUCGCAUCAUCGCCACUGUACGAGAACAUUUGGAGACUCUUGCCGCAUCGCAACGCCUGCGCGAUUUGGCCAAGGACAUAACUAAUGAGUUUUUGGAUGUUUUUGCACCCAUACCUCAUAUUGAUGCACUGCCGACCAAUGUGUAUUGCUCCAUCGUACUCAAGGAUGCACACCAAAAAUUGCGGACUCGUUAUUACAGCACGCCUCGCAAGUAUAAAGAGGCAUGGUCUACUCUAAUCCAACAGCAUUUGGACGCGGGACGCAUCCGUCCAUCCAAUUCUGCUCACGCUUCCCCCACCUUCCUCAUACCCAAAGCCGACCCUAUCGCACUCCCGCAUUGGGUCAACGAUUAUCGUGCGCUUAACGCAAACACCGUUUUGGACUCGCAUCCUUUACCUAGGGUCGAAGAUAUCCUCGCCAACUGUGCUAAAGGAAAGAUAUGGAGUAAAAUGGACAUGAUGAACUCAUUUUUUCAGACCCGUGUGCAUCCGGAUGACGUGCACCUCACCGCCGUGACCACGCCUCUUGGGCUGUAUGAGUGGCUUGCAAUGCCCAUGGAUACCGUGCAACAACAUGAACAACACAUCCGACUCAUCCUCGGCGCAUUACACGCAUCAAGCCUCUACUGUAACCCAAAAAAAUGUGAAUUCUUCGUACUGCACAUUGAUUUCUUAGGCCAUCAUAUUUCGGCCAAUGGCAUUGAGGCACAAUCAUCUAAGGUGGACAAGAUCCUGCAGUGGCCAGUUCCGAAAUCCGCAAUGGAUGUACACGCGUUCUUGGGGAUCGUCCGCUACAUAUCUGCCUUCCUGCCACAUCUCGCGGACUACACCUCAGUACUCACGCCAUUGACCAUGAAGGAGUCCAAUCAAGCAUUCCUACAGUGGACCGGUGACCAUCAGGCCGCCUUUGACGCCAUCAAAGCUCUUGUUGUCAGCCGGGAAUGUUUGACAGUGAUAGACCACGACAAUCCUGGCAACAAUCGCAUUUUCAUCACCUGUGACGUGUCUGAUUGGAGAACUGGUGCUACUCUCAGUUGGGGAACCACAUGGGAAUCCGCGCGCCCCAUCGCAUUCGAUUUUAUGCAACUUAACAGCGCUAAGAAGAACUACCCCAUCCACGAGAAGGAACUCCUCACUGUCAUCUGCGCCUUAAAGAAGUGGCGGGCUGACCUUAUCGGCAUGCCCAUGCAAGUAUAUACUGACCAUCAAUUCAUGGCCCAAUACGACUUGACCAUCGUGUACAUCAAAGGUGAGGAUAACACUGUCGCCGAUGCACUAUCAUGUCUCCCGCCUUGCACCUUCCCCGACGAAAUGCCAGUUGAGCCACUACCACCGCACAUGCUGUGGAACACACCAACGACAUCCGCAGUGAAUGCCGUGCUGUCCAUCAUGACCGACUCAUCCGUCCUAGAGUUCAUCCGCCGCGAAUACCUCACAGAUGAAUUUUGCAAGAAGGUCAUUUCCAAUGCACCAUCGACUCUCGGCGUGAUGAACGCCAACGGCCUUUGGUAUAUAGGCGAUUGUCUUCUCAUUCCACACAUUGACGACCUCCACAAAUGCUACACCACCCUCCGCGAUGCCUAUUACUGGCCCAACAUGCGCAGAGAUCUCGAGCAAUCAUAUAUACCCUCCUGCGCUGAAUGCCAGAGGAACAAAUCACGCACAACAAAACCCGCGGGUCUGCUGCACCCUUUACCAGUGCCUGACACUCAAGGCAAUAGUAUCGCUCUCGAUUCCAUCGGACCUUUACCUCUAAAUGACGGUUUCGAUUGCAUUUUGUCCAUCACUGACUGCUUACAUUCCGAUGUUCGAAUCAUACCGACCACCACGCACAUCACUGCGGAACAACUUGCAGUGUUGUUUUUCGACCACUGGUUCUGCGAAAAUGGACUACCCAGUGACAUCGUCUCUGACAGAGACAAGCUGUUCAUCUCGUGCUUUUGGAAGGCACUCCACACACUCACUGGUGUCUGUCUCAAGCUGUCAACUGCCUACCACCCAGAGACGGAUGGCAUUAGUGAGCACUCGAACAAGACCAUCAACCAAGCAAUCCGCUACCACAUCCGUCGUAAUCAAAAAGGCUGGGUCCGCGCGCUACCCCGCAUUCAUUUUGACAUUAUAAAUUCUGUCAAUUCCUCCACGAGUUUCUCCAACUUUCAAAUCUGCUUCGGUCGUGCCCCGCGUCUCAUUCCACCCAUCGUACCUAACUCAUCCCGCUCAUCGCCUGGCGCGGAGCUGGAUGCUAAGAACCUUAUUGACCGCAUCACUCUCGAUAUUAACAAAGCUAAAGAUAAUCUGUUUCAGGCUAAAGUACAGCAAGCUGAAUACGCGAAUCACUCACGCGGCAAAGACGAUGUUUUCACCGUCGGUGAUCACGUCAUGAUGCAAACUUUGCACCGACGAAAUGAAUUCAAAAGGAAGGAAGAGAAACGUGCCACUCAGUUCUUCCCUCGUUGGGAUGGUCCUUACAAUGUGAUUGAUACUCAUCCAGAAAUGUCCACCUAUACCUUGGACCUUCCAAAUCUUCCCAAUGUUUUCCCCAUGUUCCACGCCUCCGAACUAAAGCGACACGUGCCGAAUGAUCCCACCCUCUUUCCUUCACAAGAACUCGACCAACCUGGUCCAAUUGUCACCCCCGAUGGCCUCGAGGAAUACUUCAUCGACUCUAUCAUCGAUUCUCGUUGCCGUGGCAAGGGCAAUACCUCGUUCGGUGGACAGGUUACGGACCGGAACAUGAUCGCUGGCUCGCGCGAUCUGCCCUUGAAGACUGCGCCGCACUGGACAAGUGGUUAG